AUGAAAAAAUACAAAAAUAUUCAUAAGAGCAUUACUACAUCAGUGGAUAUAAAUGAAGAGAUCCUUCAAUAUCUUCCCAUGAAAUCACUAGCUAGAUUCAAAGUCGUGUCGAAACAAUGGAGAUCGACGGUAGAAUCAACCUAUUUUGCCCAUAAACGCCUCGUUCGUUUCGGAUUACCAACCCCGAACGUAAAACUUCUUAUUGUUCAUUCAAAAUUUAAUGAAGAUUUAAACUCAACAACUUUGCUUUUGAACACUUUUUCUAGAGAUCACAACAACAAGGGAGAAAUAUGUCUUUCUUCUUCUAGUUCUUACACUUUCCCUGACAAUCCAAUCGAUAAAUCUCAAGACAAAACUAUUCAAGUCUUGGGGUCUUGCGACGGAUUGGUCUUGGUUCGGAUCCACAAAGAUUUUAGGUACAUUCAUUUAAUAAAUCCAACGACUAGAGAGCACCAGACACUUUCUCCUGAACCAUCAGAAAAUGAGUUACGAUACAAAAUGCCUUUUACUGCUGGGUUUGGGAAAGACGUUGUUACAAGAUCAAGGUGA